AUGGACGAGGAACCCCACGCCUUCGAAAAUUUGGUUGCCAAAGCUCAGAGAUCCGGCGACGCGGAUCCGAUGCGGAUUGGUAGCGCAGGUAGCGAGAGGAAUUGCAGUUCCGAAGCGUCAGCUAUUGCAGCUAGUACAGAACUUCCUGAAAAUCCUCAGUCUUCAAGACCCCAAUCACUGGGCAUAUAUCUUCUCGAACCAUUUAUUUUAAUCCUGCUAUUUGCCUACAACUUUUCUUCAACCGUUCUAAAAAAUAAAGUCAUCUACCAAAGCUGCACCGCGGGUUUGGGGUAUCCGGAUAGCGUUUGCCAACUUCUGGGCACCAAAAAUGCCACGAAUGAAACAAUGAAAAUUGAGGAGCAGGUACAACCAUACGCUGCGAAGAUCACGCUGGCUAUGCGGUUAGUGGAGUGCUUUAUUCCUGCUUUUUGUGGGCUCUUUGCUGGAUCCUGGGCGGACCACUUUGGACGCAAGCCCCUUCUCAUGUGCUCCUUUCUAGGCUACGGCCUUCAGUAUCUCAUUUCAGGCGCGAUCGCCUACUGUGCUAUGAACUCCCAAGGUCUGGUCAGUCCCUGGUGGUACGUGCUCUCUAUCGUACCGCUCUCCUGCUUGGGAAGUAGUGUCACCUAUUCAGUGGCUGCCGUUUGCUUUAUUGCCGAUGUGUCCGACGGCAGAGCUCGAUCUUACAGGAUGAUCGCCUAUGAAUUGGCCAUAUAUGUGGGCCUGCUCAUUGGUAGCCUUGGUUCUGGUUAUGCAUACGAGGCCACAGACGCCUAUAUUGUUUUCAGCAUUUCUUCGUUUUGCGUUUUUACGGCUCUCUUUCUGAUGGCACUCCUUCUUCCGGAGAGUUUGGCCGUCAGGAAUAGGACACUAUCGACUUCAUCGACGGGCACUAGUGUGCUUUCCAUGCUGAUGAGCUUGUGGAACACCUGCUCUAGGCCUCGUGAGCACCAGAAUCGCUUCAUGCUCACAACCAUCAUGGUAGUACUGCUCCUCACCGCAUUUGUAUCAGACGGCAGCAACGCCGUGUUCUAUAAGUUUAUGAGGAUAAAGUUCCAUUGGACCGUAAAGCAGUUUACUGAAUACGAGACUGUCGGCAUUUUGGUUCCUGCAGUGGCUGGUUCAGGUGGAGUUUUCUUCAUUUGGUCUCUCCGCAAGUGCACCAAGUCGGCCGUCCUGUGGCUGGCAUUGGUGUCUCUCAUGAGCCACUGCGCCAGCAGCCUGAUGAAGGGCUUCGCCUGGGAGAGCUGGCAGAUUUACGUGGCCAUUGGGUUGGGUGUUUUCAAGUCCCUCGUGAACCCCAUGUGCCGUUCCAUGAUCACCAAUCUGCUGCCGACUGAUGAACGGGGUAAAAUCUUCGCCCUGCUUGGGGUUUUGCAAGCACUCUCCCCCCUCAUAUCUUCCACUUUGUACGUUGCUAUCUACACCCAAACACUGAACACGGAGCCGGGGAUUUUCAAUGUGUUUAGCGCCUUUUUAUUUGGCAUAGGCAUUAUUCUAUUGGGCACGGUUUGGCACAAAAAGUCGAGAAAUCAGGGGUACUAUGAGCCAGUUUUUAAAUGA